CGCACGAUGACGUUUUCGGACUCCUCGAAGAAGAAAGUGGCUCCGGUUUAAAACAUAAACAUGUCGAUCGUAUUUGUCCCGAGAAAACUCCGAGGAAAAGCGAAAAUAGACCAAGAAACGAUUCAACGGUUGCUGGAUGAAAACGACCAGCUGAUUCGGUGCGUUGCCGAGUACAUGCAGAAAGGACGGGCGGUGGAGUGUGUGCAAUACCAACAGAUCCUUCACCGAAACAUUGUGUAUCUGGCCACGAUUGCUGACAUCAGCCCCAACACCAACUCCUCCACUUCCGGAGAAGUAAAUCCACAUCUGCCGCUGCUGCAUCUGCCUCAGUCCAGUCCACAGCCGAAGAAGCCACGUGACCGACACAGAAGAGCGUCUUACUUUGUUGCUGCUAUGUUUGUGGAAACACUUUGAAGGUUAUAAGUUAUGCUAGUUUCUAAUAAAUGAGUCUCUCAAAACCGCCGUGACGCCAUCUUUAGAGAUUCCUGACGAGUACCGUUGGAGACAGUUGGGGCGCACGAGCCGUACUGCUCUAUGCAGUUCAGCGUCUAAGCCACUAGGUGUCUCCGUUGC